CCAAGCUGCAUGUAAGGCACACCAGCCACACCUUCAGGGUCCUCUCGCUCAGCUGAGUCAGUAUCUCUGUGAAGUUUGAACCUCUUUUAUUGCAGGGAAAAUGGCGCAGUCAGCAGCACCUCCUCUUGAUUAUCUCUUGUGUGGGUUUCCAGCAGAGUGACAGUAUGGCUGAAAUGUAUGAUGAUGUGACACCCAGGAGGCGUAAAAGAAGCAUUGAGGCCUCGCGACCUGACAUGAAAGAAUGCGAACUCAGGAUUGUGCUGUUUGGGAAAUAUGAUGGCGUGAAGACGAGACUUGGAAACAUCAUCACCAGUAAUCAAGGGGGCCAUUUCCAGAGGCAUUCUCUUGUCAGUCAGUCUGUGGUCACCUACGGAGACUGGAGAGGUCGAUCUGUAGCAGUUGUUAAGACCCCUAACAUCUCUCAUGUAUCCAUGGCAGCACUGAAAGAUGAGCUGAGGGAAUGCGUGAAACUUUGUCCACCUGGACCAAAUGUCCUGCUCCUGGUAGUGAAAGCAUCCACGUUCUCAGAGAGAAAGAGACAGACGUUUGUAUCAAUGCUGAGUUUGUUUAGUCAAGAAGCUUUCAAACACUCAAUGGUUGUAUCAACGGAUGAAAUGAUUAAAACUCCAACUGUGACUCAGCUGCUUGAUGAAUGUGGAGGAAGACAGUACAGCAUGUUGGAAGAGAACCAACGACUGUUAAUGAAGAAAGUUACAAGCAUUGUCCGUCAAAGCAAAGGAGUCUUCCUCACGCUGAUCGGGGAGCCCGUCAGACUAAUGUCUGAAACACACACAACACCUGCGUUAAACCUGGUUCUGUACGGGGCGAGAGAAGAAGCAAAGACUUCAGCAGCAAAGGCCAUUUUAGGUCAGACAGGUCUUCAUUCAGCCUCCAGCUCAUCAGAGUGUGUUAAACAUCAGGGAGAGGUGUGUGGACGUUGGGUUUCCCUGGUGAAGCUUCCUGCUCUGUGUGGAAAACCUCUGGAGACAGUGAUGAAGGAAUCACUCAGGUGUGUCUCCCUCUGUGAUCCUGAAGGUGUCCAUGCCUUCAUCCUGGUCCUACCUGUGGGUCCUCUCACUGAUGAAGACAAAAGAGAGUUAAAGAUGAUCCAGGACACCUUCGGAUCUCAAGUCAAUGCCUUCACCAUGAUUCUGUUCACUGCAGAGUCAGAUCCUACAGCUCCAGCUGUUGUUAACUUCCUACAGAAAAACAAGGCCAUCCAGAAGCUCCUUCAGAGCUGUGGAAGUAGUUCUUUUGUUCUCAACAUCAAGGACCAGCAGCAGAUCCCAGAGCUGUUGGAUGCUGUGGAAAGGAUGAGACCAUUGUUGGGACCAUGCUGCUACACAUCAGUGACAUAUUCCAAAAAGGGAGAGGUCCAUGAUCACAAAAACAUCUCUGCAGCACACCCUGAACCUGAAGACCUGGAAACAAAGACCACCAUCAGCUUUGAUGAUUUGAAGCAGAUCUCAGAGUGUCUCAGGAUUGUGCUGAUCGGGAAGACCGGCUGUGGGAAGAGUUCUUCAGGAAACACCAUUCUGGGAAGAAAGGAGUUUAAAGCUGAACCAGGCCAAACAUCAGUCACUAAACACUGUCAGAAAGCACUCGGGGAAGUGGACGGCCGUCGUGUGGCCGUGGUCGACACUCCUGGGCUGUUUGACACGACGUUGUCCCAUAAAGAGGUUCAUGAAGAGAUAAUGAAGUGCUUCAGUCUCCUGGCUCCAGGACCACAUGUCUUCCUGUUGGUGCUACAAAUUGGCCGCCUCACCCAGGAGGAGAGGGAGGCAUUAAAACUGAUCAGAGAGGGCUUUGGUAUGAGCAUUGAAAGUUAUACCAUCAUUCUUUUCACAAGAGGAGAUUCCCUCGAGAACGACGAGCUCUCCAUCGAAGACUACAUCCAAGAGAAAUGUGAUGAUUCUUUUAAGAAGCUCAUCACUGAAUGCGGAGAAAGAUACCACGUGUUCAAUAACUUUGACAAGAAAAACUGCAAACAAGUCAGCGACCUGAUCGCAAAGAUUGAGACCAUGAUGGGUAAAAACAGAGGAGGCUGCUACACCAACAAGAUGCUGCAGGAGGCGGAUAAAGCAAUAAAAAAAGAAGUAGAGAAGAUCCUGAAAGACAAGGAGAAAGAGACGCAGGAGAAGUGGAGAAAGAUUCAAAAACAACAUGAAGAGGAAAUCAGAGAGAUGGAGGAAAGAUUUAAACAACGAAGGGCAGAAACUGGAUCUGAGAGAGAACUGAAAGCAAGAAAGCUUAAAAAACUUGAGGCAAUAAUGAACAACGAGCUUCAGAUGAGAGAGCAAGAAAAGGAAAACAUGAAAGAAGACGAUAGACAUAAGAAAGAACUGGGAGAAAUUGAACAACAGGAGUGGGAAAACAAGUUGAGAGAUUUGCAGGGAAGCAUACAAGAAAAUUCUGCAUCAGAUGAAGAGAAGAGAGAUGAUUUAGAGAGGACGAGAGAAAGGAUGAGGGAGGAACAAGAAGCAUGGGCGGACAAACAAAGAGAGUACUGGGAACACCGCAACAGAGAAGAGGAAUAUAGACAACAGCAGCAUGAAGCAAGACUCAAAGAUCUCCGAUGGGAAUGUGAGCAGGAGAGAGAGAAACAUGUGACAGAAAUGAAGAAGGAAGAACAAAUCCAGGGAAAAGAGGAGGAGGAAGGAAGGAAAGAGUUAGAGGAAAAACACAAGGACACAAUCUCUAAUAUGAUAAAGACAUAUGAAGAGGAAGCUAGAAAACAAGCCGAAGAGUUCAAUGAGUUUGGACAGAAGUACAUUGAGAACUUUGCAGGUCUGUUAAAAGAGCUCAUGGAAGAAAAGGAGGAGCUAGAGCAGACGAAUAAACUGCUGGGCCAUUUCUUGAGUCACAAAGACACAUUACUCAAAGAAACACGAAAGGAAAUGGAGAAGAAACUCAAAGACAGGGAGGACUUGACGACCUCACGUGAGCCAGAAGUUGUUGUUCAAAGCAAAUGUGUCAUCCUUUAAGUCGCCUCUAGGACUACAUUCUUUGACAUUCAUUUUAGCACAACCAUGACUCCCAUACUACUUUUAGAGACUUUAGGUACGAUGAGAAGGCCUGCAUGUUGGGAGCGUAGUGUUCUAGAGCAGUGGUU